AUGGCGACCAAAGAGAAUACCUUGAGGGACAAGCAAAUCGUCUCAAUAAAACGUAUCCUCAACCUCAAUCAUGAUGUCGAGACAGCCGACGCCGAGGACCCGAAUGCCAACGGCGGUGUUCGGUCCUCCGCCCAGAUCCUAACCUCUGAGGGCGAACCUAUCUGGAAGGUCUUGGUGUUUGACGAUCUUGGGCGCGACGUCAUCAGUAGUGUAUUGAGGGUCAGCGACCUAAGAUCCAUGGGUGUGACGAUGCAUAUGCAUAUUGGAGCAUCGCGCCACCCGAUCCCCGAAGUCCCCGUCAUAUACCUCGUCGAACCCACCUCAAAGAACCUGAAGGCCAUUACCAAUGACUUGCAAAAUGGUCUUUACUCUCCGGCACACAUCAACUUCCUUUCCUCGCUACCACGGGUUCUCCUGGAAGAAUUCGCUGCUGAGACUGCAACAGCUGGGACCUCGGAGCACAUCUCGCAGUUAUUCGACCAAUAUCUCAACUUUAUUGUAGCAGAGCCGAACCUCUUUAGCCUCGGGUUGCAGAAAGAGCACACGUAUUGGGCCCUGAACAGCGCGAAAACCAGUGACGCGGAGCUUGAGCGGGUGGUCGACAGGAUUGUCAGCGGAUUGUUCAGUGUCGUUGUAACGCUAGGCGUGAUCCCAAUCAUCCGCUGUCCCAAGGGCGCUGCUGCCGAGAUGAUAUCCACUAGACUUGAUCGAAAGCUCCGAGAUCACAUCCUCAACUCCAAAGACAACCUAUUUUCACUCGGUGCCAGGUCCACUUCAUCCACAGGAACGCCAGCCUCGCGUCCCGUGCUCAUUAUCCUCGACCGAAAUGUCGACCUCAUUCCCAUGCUCUCCCACUCGUGGACAUACCAAUCCCUAGUACACGAUGUCCUUAAUAUGAAGCUCAACCGCAUCACCAUUGAAGCACCAAUAGAUGAGAAUAAUCCAGCGAGAGGAACCUCCAAGAAGAGUUACGAUCUCACCUCGAACGACUUCUUCUGGGCCAAGAACGCGAGCUUGCCCUUCCCCCAGGUUGCUGAGGAUAUCGACGCCGAGCUUACCCGUUAUAAGGAGGAAACCGCUGCGAUCACGAAAAAGACCGGUGUGGCCGAUCUGGAAGACCUCCAGAAUGACACCAGCGCCAGCGCCCAACACCUCAAGGCCGCCAUUACCCUACUACCUGAAAUGAGGGAACGCAAGAGCAUCCUUGACAUGCACAUGAACAUUCUUGCUGCCCUCCUCACUGGUAUCAAGGACAGGCAGCUAGACACGUUUUUCGAGACUGAGGAGAACGUAACAAAGCUCACCAAACCCCAGAUUCUGGAGAUUGUCAAGGAUGGCACGAAAGGCAAUCUUCCAAUAGACAAAUUGCGACUCUUCGUCAUCUGGUUCUUGAGCACCGAAUUCGACGUCAGCCGGUCGGAAUGGGAGGAAUUCUCGCAGGCGUUCACGGAGGCGGGAGUCAACUCCGAGUCUCUAGCCUAUAUUCGACAAGUCCGCGCCACGACCAAGAUGACACAAUUGACCACCGUCAACAGCACCUCUGCUGCCCAGCAAUCGUCGUCUAACGAUCUUUUCCAGCGCUUCUCCUCUAUUUCCAAUCGACUGACUGAUCGUCUCAAGGAUACUGGUGUCCCAACCGGGCUCUCAUCCAAUUUUGAAUCACUGAUCGGUGGCAUCAAGAACUUCCUCCCAGCCAACCGAGACCUCACCAUCACCAAGAUCGUAGAGAGUAUCAUGGACCCUUCCACUGCUUCCAGCUACGCCAUUGCCAAGACGGAAAAUUAUCUCUAUUUCGACCCGCGGUCCGCCAACGCGCGCGGAACGAUGCCGCCCCCAGUACGAUCCGGGCAGGGGGAGCCAACCCCCGGGUGGCAUGCCCAGCGGCUCUGGCCUAGGUGCCCAGGGCGCCGGCACGGGGCCAGCUUUGGCCAAAGACGGCAGGGCUUCACCGAGGCUGUCGUCUUCACCGUCGGCGGAGGUAGCAUGGAUGAGUAUGGCAACCUGCAAGAGUGGGUGGCACGUGCGGGCAGCGACCGCGCCAAGAAGAGAGUCGUAUACGGUAGCACGGAGCUGCUGAAUGCCAAGGAGUUUAUCAGCGAAGAGCUGGAGAGGUUGGGCAAGGAGAUUGGUAGCUAA